AUGGAAGAAGAAAAAAGCUUCACAUAUGCCAUGCAGCUUGUGAACUCUAGUGUGCUAUCCAUGGCCAUGUACUCAGCCAUAGAUCUUGGCAUUUUUGAUAUCAUGGCCAAAGCAGGUGUGGGUGGUAAACUAUCUGCAAUGGACAUAGCAGCACAGCUUCCAUGCAAGAAUCCAGAAGCAGGCACAAUGCUUGAUCGAGUCCUAAGACUCCUUGCAUGUCACUCAGUCAUUGACUGCACAGUGGUUGAUGAUGAGCAUGGUCCUCCUCCACAUCUGAAGAGGCUCUAUGGCAUCAACUCUGUGUCCAAAUACUUUGCUUCCAUUCAUGGUGCUGGCUCUCUAGGCCCUCUCAUGCUGCUAGCUCAGGACCAGCUCUCCCUUCAAAGUUGGUAUCAUCUGAAAGAUGCAAUUCUGGAAGGAGGCAUUCCAUUCAACAGGGCCAAUGGCAAACACGUCUUCGAGUAUUCUGACUCGAACUCAAGCUUCAAUAAUCUUUUCAUAGCAGCAAUGGCCAACCGUGCAACUUUAAUUAUGAAGAAGAUUGUGGAAUCCUACAAGGGGUUUGAACUCAUCAAUAGCCUGGUUGAUGUUGGUGGUGGUCAUGGUGUCUCUCUUAACAUAAUAACUUCAAAAUACCCUCACAUUAAGGGUAUCAAUUUUGACUUGCCUCAUGUCAUAGAACAUGCCUCUCCCUAUCCUGGAGUGGAGCAUGUGGGAGGAGAUAUGUUUGAAAGUGUGCCAAAAGCAAAUGCCAUUUUUAUGAUGUGUGUGCUUCAUGAUUGGAAUGAUGAGUGGUGCUUAAAGGUGUUGAAGAACUGCUAUGAUGCAAUUCCUGGUGAUGGAAAGGUGAUUGUUGUGGAUGGAAUUCAUCCAUUUGAACCAAAGACAACAGCUGCAGCAAAGAGCAUUUCCCAAUAUGAUUUGGUGAUGAUGACUACAAGCCCAGGUGGGAAGGAGAGAAGUGAAGAUGAAUUCAUGGCAUUGGCAAAAGGAGCUGGAUUCACUGGCAUUAGAUAUACAUGCUUUGUUUGUGACUUAUGGGUUAUGGAGUUCUUCAAGUAG